AUGGAUAGCCCCUCAGAACAUAGACAGAUGAUCACAGAACCACUCUUGGGUAACCGAAAGGGUGGCAUCAGAACCUUACCUUUCAUCGUAGCAAAUGAGGCAUUUGAGAGUCUGGCAAAUUACGGCCUAUUUCCAAACCUGAUACUGUAUUUGACAAGAGAGUAUGGCAUCGACGCUGCAAAUGGGGCACAGAUAUUGUUCCUUUUGUCUUCUGCCACAAAUUUCACGCCAAUUCUCGGAGCUUUUCUUGCUGAUACUUAUGUGGGUCGGUAUUCCAUGAUCGGUUUUGGAUGUAUUGCUUCCCUUCUGGGGAUGGUUCUAUUGUGGCUAACAACUUUUCCUGAAGCAAGGCCACCUCCUUGUGUCGAAUUUAGUGACAGUUGCCAACCCGCAACGACAUUACAGCUUUUGCUGUUAUAUACAGCUUUUGGCUUCAUGGCCAUUGGAGCUGGUGGCAUAAGAUCAUCUUCCUUAGCCUUUGGUGCUGAUCAAUUAGGCAAGAGAAACAGCCUUAAACAUGCUAGAAUACGAGAGAGCUUCUUUAGUUGGUACUAUGGUAUAGUCUCAGCUUCGGUAUUUCUUGGCAUGACUUGUGUUGUAUACAUUCAAGAUACCAUGGGGUGGAUGGUGGGUUUUGGAGUUCCGGUGGUGCUCAUGAUCCUGUCAGCUCUUUCAUUCUUCUCGGCUACUCCCUUGUAUGUCCAGUCAAAGCCUAAAGCAAGCUGGAUCACUGGGUUGGCGCAAGUUGUUGUGGCUUCCUUUAGAAAUAGAAGUAUUAAAUUACCAUCCCAAGCAACGGAUGAGGUGUACUAUCAUACAAAGGGAUCAAUGCUUCUUGUGCCGAGCGAAAAAUUGAGGGUUUUAAAUAAAGCUUGCAUUAUCAGAAAUCCUCAAGAAAACUUGGCUCCAGAUGGAAAAGCUUCAGAUCCGUGGAGUCUUUGUACAAUCGAUCAAGUAGAAGAUCUAAAAGCACUAAUCAAGGUAAUCCCAAUAUGGUUAGCAGGAAUGUUGAAGUCUGUGAACGUAAGCCAAAGCUCUUUUAUAGUACUCCAGGCAUCCACCAUGGACCGACACAUUACUUCAAAUUUUGAAAUUCCUGCUGGCAGUUUCCCGUCAAUUGUGGUUCUCGUUAUCACAACAUGGGUUGCUCUCUAUGAUCGCGUAAUUAUUCCUUUUGCAUCGAAAGUCAAGGGAAAACUAGUUCGCCUCAAAUUGAAGCAAAGAAUGGGAUUUGGUAUUCUAUUAUCCACUAUUUCCAUGGCAGCAUUAGCAGUUACUGAGAGUGUUCGGCGGGAAGCUGCAAUCAAGGAAGGAUUUUCAGACAAUCGUAAUCCUGGAUUGCACAUUUCAGCAAUGUGGUUGUUGCCAUUUCUUGUUCUGAGUGGAUUAGCUGAGGCUUUCAAUGCUAUUGCACAGAACGAAUUCUUUUACACUGAGUUGCCUAAAAGCAUGUCCAGUGUGGCCUCCACGCUUCAGGGUAUAGGAUUGUCUGCUGCAAGUUUGGUAUCUAGUUUUAUUGUUAGUGCUGUUCGUAAUUUCACAAAAGGAGAAGACCAGGAGAGUUGGGUACCGAGCAGCAUCAAUAAAGGGCAUUAUGAUUACUAUUAUUGGCUUCUUACAAUUUUGAGCUUGGUUAACUUCAUAUAUUAUCUUGUUUGUAGCAAAUCCUAUGGUCCCUGCAAGGAUGAGGAAGGGAGCAUUGUCGCAGAUGAAGGGUUUGACAGAUGA